AUGCCGGAGAAGUCGACAGGCUUGGAUCUGCCAGCUUCAAGCACUGGUGCGAUCUCGCGGGGGUGGCGGGACUGCGGGGUCAUGGAUCUACGCGUGCUGGAGCUCUUUGAGCGCAGCCUUCAGAGCCACGAGAUCUCUUUGGAGGGGAGGCUUGCAGCGCUCGCAGACCGAGAAGGAUUUCCCACCGUGGCUGGUCUCAAGGCAGCGGACGUCGCGAGCAUUGAGAGCUCGGUGCCGCGACGUCCUGCCUUCCCAGAGGCUUCUGAUCUGCAUGAAGACUUUGAGGGCUGCCCUACUCUCAUCUUGACGCACAAGGAUUCCGAUGAUGAGGCCAGCAGCACAUCGGAAGAGCGGAGCUAUCUUUCAGGCCGAGGGCCCUCACCAGUUGUUGAAGAGUUGGUCGACGAGGAGCCCGAGUUUGUGAAUUUUUGGGAGAAUGAUGCUGAGACCGACAGCAAGCAGCUAGCCCUUACGAAGCCUUGCGUGAAGCAGGAGAUCCAAGAAACGGCGCCGAAGCGUGGCAAUCGAGGCUCAGUUCCUUCACCUGCCAAUUCCGCGGACAAUACAGGGGACGCCGAAGAGUCCAAAGAUCCUGGAAAGCUUGCAGCCCUGGCCCUGCUGCAGCAUGCCAGCGCGAAGGACUACAAAUCUCGCGUUGACGACUUGACAUGA